UAAAAUCGGGGAAUUAACUUCAUUUUGCAUUUUGCUGUUUUGCCGUUGAUAUUUUUUAUUUUUUAACAAUUGUGUGCAUUAAUUUGUCUAUUUCGUUUAAUCUGUAUCGAUUACUGUCUUAAAAAUGGGUGAAGUAAAAGUACAAAAUUAUUUGAAUCCCAUUACUUUAGAAGCCGACUUGUUUGUGAAAACGUUUGAGAAAUUGAGUGUAAACUUCAAGUAUAUAGAUAAGAACGUUAUCCAUGCUUUAAAUAAAGUCGUGACUUCGAUUGAGAAAUUCUUGGAACAAAACAAUCAAGAGAUUGUAGACACAAAACAAUCUAGACUAGUGGAGCGCGCAGAAAUGGCUGGAAUUGAGCAAAUCUAUCGUUGUUCCAAAUGCAAAACGGAUUUGGGCAAGUCUAUUGAACGAGCAGCUGAACAUGUUGCAACCAAAUGUAAAAAUAAAGGCGCGCCAAAAUCAUUGAAAAAAAAAAAAAAAGAACGUCCAAUCGCUCUUUCAAAAAAAACAAAAAGUUUACUAACUGCGGACCUGAACAAAUUUUUUACGGACCAUUUACUAAUAGCCGAUAAAUUAAAAUCAAUACCCGAAUAUGAUGUUAUUGAAACUCAAUUAUUGAGCCUGGUGAAACCAUUAUUUCCCAAUGAGCCAUUGCGGGUAUAUCGUUUCGGUUCAAGGUUGACGGGUAUAGGAGAACGAGAUUCUGAUGUAGAUAUUUUUCUUGAUAUCGGUGAUACAUUUAAAAUUUUUGAGAAUCGAGCUUCACAGGGCACAAUCGAAAAGCUUAAGAAAGUAUUUAAAGCCAUGAAAAAUGUUCCAAAAAUAUGGAAAAUUGUGGUAAAGGUAGACAAAGCACGUGUGCCUAUAAUAAAAGCCUACAACGAUUCUACAGGUAUCGAAUGCGAUAUUGGUUUUUCGAACAGCUUGGGGGUUUUAAAUACUAAACUAAUAGAGCAUAUCUUUGAGAUACAACCAAUUGCACGACAUAUGUGCCUUUUUUUGAAAUGGUGGUUACGUCGAACUGGUUUAAAUGAGGAUUAUUCUACUUACAGUAUCGUAUUAAUGGUAAUUUAUUUUCUACAAAUGAGAGAAGUUGUGCCCUCUGUUGAAUUUCUUCAGAAACGUAUUGAUUUCAACAAAGCUAUCUCCAUCGGUCCUUGGUUGGGAACGUUCGUUUCUUGCACUCUAAAUGAAAUAAAAAUGGAGGAGGUGCCUACAACAGCAACGAACGUUCAAAUGCAUUUAAAACUUUUCUUUGAAUUUUACCUACAAUUUGAUUUUAAAACCAACGUGGUCUGUCCAUAUCUAGGGAAAUUAGUAAAAAUCGUUGAGUUGGAGAAGCAAAUGCCAACAUGGUAUACGUACUACGUGGAAUGUUCUCCCGCAGAUCGUAUGAUUGAGUUAAAGAAAGCAAUGAUUGUUCAGGAUCCUAUACAACUAAAUCAUAACGUUACCAAAGGUGUAGAAAAAUCUCGCUUCCGUGAUCUAAUUGAAUAUAUGCGUUUAUCUACUCAAAUCAUCCCAACUACCAAGAAAAAAGAGUAAUGUUUUUCUUUUCUGAUUUUAAAGAUAAUUUUUUUACUAUGUAUGUUGUUACGUUCAUUUGAAAAAUUUUAAAAUUUUGUUCUGCCUUUGAUGAAAGUGUGUACGAAUAAAAAAAAGUUUCAUUUUAUAAAAAACAAAAAA